AUGUCUGUCCGACUUGCCGGCACUGCUCUCCGCGAGAUUCGCAUCCAUGUGUGCCAGAAGAGCCCCGCCUCGGCCGGCGUGCGCGCUUUCAUCGAAAACGACUAUGUUGCCAUCAAAAAGGCCAAUCCGCAGUUCCCAAUUUUGAUUCGUGAGGCGUCCGGCAUUGUGCCAAGGUCUGAAAAUGCCGUAAACUCCAACAAACGCUGGAACUUUCAGAGUUUUUGCGAGAUACGAGCACGGCAUCGAGAGAGUCGCCACUCUGGAGGACUUGUCGAGAGAUGUGGUAUGUUUUCGGUUUAAAAUUAUUCAAAAAACCAAUUUUCAGGUCAAAUCCACGAUUGCCAAGCUAGCUGCUCAACAAUAG